AUUUCUGAUUUCUCGAUGCAACUCUCAGCCAAGUUGAUCGUUGUGGUUGGUGUGCUCUGCGCUGCCAUGCUCGCGAUGGGCGGCCUGCCACUCGUCACUGCCCACGUCCACGCCUCCAAGGCCAGCAUUGGGUACGAGCACGUCACUUGCGGAAGCGUCGUCAAACUCACGCACGCACCGACGGGCGCCAAGCUCCACUCGCAUGAGGUCAAGUACGGCACGGGCUCGACGCAGCAGUCCGUCACGGGCUUCCCACAAGCAGAUGACACCAACAGCUACUGGACUGUGCGCGGCCCCCACGACGAGUACUGCGAGCGCGGACAUCCGAUCAAGUGCGGCGACGUCGUCCGUCUCACUCACCUGAAUACCCGCCGAAACCUGCACUCCCACCAAUUCCAAUCCCCGCUUUCGGGUCUUGUUGAAGUGAGCGCUUUUGGCGAGGGCGGCAACGGCGAUGCUGGCGACAACUGGAAGGCAGAGUGCACUGGCUCUCACUGGAUGCGCAACGCUGACGUUCGCUUGCGACACGUUACCACUGGUCAGUACUUGCACAUCACUGGUCGCCAUCAAUUCGGCAGGCCCAUCCAAGGACAGCAUGAAGUUGCUGCCUACGCACGUCCCAGCAACGAGAACGUGUGGCGAGCAGAGGAGGGCAUUUACAUCAAGUACGAACGACCUGAAACCGACGAAGAUGACGAGUAGUCUCAUUCUGAAACGCGCGUUUCACCUCAAAUAUACUUCUUCUGUUUGCUGGUC